GUCUGUCUGUCUGUCUCACUCGCCAUAGGGUCCUUGUGUUUUGGGAGUGAUCAUGGACUUGAAACCAUUGAAAUAGUUUCACUGUGUAUGACUAUAAAACAUUCUGUGUGAAAAGCCUUGAUCUGUUCUGGAGGAAAGCCCAUAUAGUCACAGUAGUCAUAUUAUUGGCUCUGGGUGACGUUGCCUGCGCAUUAAGUAGUGUGUGGUUGAGCACAGUGUUGUAAUGACGGUCUCAGGCUAAUGGAACAUGUGUGAGGUAGGCGUCAGGGUGCGGUGUCUGUUGUUGACUAGUUGUUUGCUUGGGAGCGCCUGCUGGGACAGGGGAGCGUCCAUGCAGUUGUCAUUCACAUCUUCUCCCAACUGCUCCCCAGCUGUCAACCUGACCAAACAUGGAGGAGUUCGUUGGUGGUCUGCUUCAGGGACUUGAUCUGCCAUGUGAUGUCAGGCGCACAAGAAUAGCUUAGCUCUGCAGGGGGACAUAGUUUUUUCCGGUUCCCUUUGGGAAGAAAGGUUUCUGACCCAGCCUUAACCAUGGAAUGCGAGAGCCGCUGAAGACAUCUGACAACAAAGGAACGAGGGAGGUUGAAAAGAGCAGAAGAAAACAACAAAAGAGAAGUAAAGGGUCGGGGAAAACAAAAGAAGAAAGAGUGGUGAUUGAGAUUGAGAUUUGGAAAGAGGAUCAGUCACCCCCUACCCUACCCCCCCUACCCCCUUCUUUUCUUUUGUUGGGGGACUUUGCCAGUGUGCAUGCUGUGCUGUCUUUCUCCCCUGGACACCAUUCCCCGAUCUGAGUGACAGAAAACAAAAGGCAAGAAUGCGCAAUAAACAGAGAAAGCAGAGGCAGGGGGUCUGCCGCCCCUUGCUGUUGUGCACUGGCAGGACUACUGUGGUGGCGGUGGUGCUGCUGCUGCUGCUCGGAGGUGUGCAGGGCAGCUGGCCCCCCGAGGGACAGGUGGAGCUGCUGCACGACCAGCAGCUAGAGGCCUCCAUGCACUCGGCCGUCAUCUCUGAGCUCCAGGAAGCCGUGGCAGCUGCGGAGGCGGUGGCUACAGCAGCCACACAAGGUGCUGGCUUCCCAGACUCCUCUGCGGUGGUGGGAAGAGUAUUCCAGAUGCACGUGCCAAUCAAGACGGCGGGGGAUGCAGUGGGCGCCGCAGUGAAGGUCGUUGAGGCUAGCAAGGACGCCUUACCUGCAUGGCUACACUGGGAUGUGGAGAGCAGCACCCUUCAAGGCCUUCCUCUAGAGGCAGACAAGGGUGUCCAUUACAUAUCUGUUUCCAUCUCUAACGGAAGCCAGGUUUCGUCCCACUCUGAUGUUUUCUCCAUCGAGGUGCACCCAGAGGAGCACGCAGAUAGUGACCCCAUUCAACUGGCCAUUCAAGGGGCGAGCAACAAUGUCCAGUCCUUUGUCUGUGUCAACGAGGAGCCUGUUACGGUGCUCACCGUUAUUCUUGAUGCUGAUCUCACUAAGAUGACUUCGAGGCAGAGAGUGGAAUUGCUUGCAAAAAUGAAGAAAUUUUCAGGUGUCGGGCUCCAGCACAUGAAGAUCUUGCCUGUGGUGAACAACCGUUUGUUUGAUAUGUCCGCCUUCAUGGCUGGGCCUGGGAAUGCCAAAAAAGUGGUGGAAAAUGGCGCCCUUCUAUCUUGGAAGCUCGGCUGUGCUCUGGACCAAAGUUCUGUGCCAAACAUCAGCAGUGUCCAGGCACCGGCAAAGGAGGGAACAAUGUCGGCGCAGUUAGGAUACCCCGUUGUCGGAUGGCACAUUGCGAACAAAAAAACUCACGUCCCCAAGCGAGUACGUAGGCACAUCAACAACACCCCGACACCUGUGCCCUCGUUACUUCCGCCGACCACCUAUUCUGAACCUCCGACCCGGAUUAUCCCCACCCCCACGUCCCCCUCCAUCGCCCCCACGACAGACACCUCUUCCUUCCCUGUGAGAGGACCUGUGCCCUUGCCUGUGAAGCCUACAAUCCGCACAAGAGAUCCUAUCGCCCACACACCAACAAUCGGUCCGGUUCCGCCAACAACGGUCGUCAUGGAGACGACCAGCACUAUCAGCGCUAUCCAGCCCACCAUGACGAGGCCAAUGCCGGUCGGGCCGUCUGUUACUCCGCCGACACCGACUACCACCAGAAAAACAACCAAGAAACCCAGGAAACCCAAGACCACGCCUAUGUCUAAAAUGACUACAACAACAAAACCACCCAGGCGCACGACUCCCUCUCCUCCUGUCGUACCGGACACAGGUAACGAGAAGCCAAAGCUUCGUAAUCCUAUCGACCAGGUGAACGCAUGGGUAGGCACGUACUUCGAAGUGAAAAUACCAUUAGACACUUUCUACGACUUUGAAGACGGCACCACCGACAAGUUGAGGUUGACUUUGAGAAAGAACCUCUAUGAGGUGGUGGGGGAAGACUCGUGGAUCCAGUUCAACAGCACGAGCCAACUUCUGUACGGACUGCCGGACUGGCAGCAUAUGGGCAAACACGAGUACUUCAUGCAGGCGACGGACAAGGGCAGUCUCAACGCAAUCGACGCCUUUGAGGUUCAUGUCAAUCGCUGGGCUACGAGUGACAAACCACCCGUCCUGUUCGCUGCUCGUUUCCACGGGGAACCGCACAGUGUGACCAGCAACAUCCACAAGAAGAUUCUUCUCGUCAAAAAGCUGGCCGUCUUAUUCGGAGAUCGUAACAGCAGCACGGUGACCUUAAAGAACAUCACCAAGGGCUCCAUCGUGGUGGAGUGGACCAACAACAGCCUUCAGCAGAACCCUUGUCCCAAGGAGCAGAUCCAGGCCAUGAGCAGCAAGAUUUCUACCGCCAAAGGCGUACCAACCAAACACUUCAGUAACGUCAUGGAGCCCGACUUCGCCCCUAUAAACAUCACCGUCACAGGUACUGGAAGCUGCCGUAACUACAUGUUUGUUCCUCCGGGUGAGAUCUUCAUGCCAAUCCCUGUGCCCCCGGCGUCCACACCGGCAGUAGGGGCAGGCCGCCAGAGCACAGACGACGUUUACCUGCACACAGUCAUUCCAGCAGUGGUGGUGGCAGCCAUCUUGCUCAUCGCAGGUAUCAUAGCCAUGAUCUGCUACCGUAAGAAGCGCAAGGGCAAGCUCACCAUCGAGGAUCAGGCUACGUUUAUCAAAAAGGGAGUGCCGAUCAUAUUCGCCGACGAACUGGACGACUCUAAGCCACCUCCGUCGUCGAGCAUGCCACUCAUUCUGCAGGAGGAGAAGCCACCUCUUCCCCCGCCCGAGUACCCCAACAUGGCCAGUCCAGAGACCACGCCGCUCAAUCAGGACCUGCUUGGAGAGUACACUGCUCUGCGGGACGAGGAUCCUAACGCCCCUCCUUACCAGCCUCCUCCUCCCUUCACGGCACCCAUGGAAGGCAAGGGAUCCCGCCCAAAGAACAUGACCCCCUACAGAUCACCGCCCCCCUACGUCCCCCCCUAAUGUUUGACAAUGACAUCACAUAAAGCCAAGAGGGGACUUUCUGCAGUUCCAUGCCGGUGUUUUCUGUUUGGAAUUAAAAGGGGGGAAACAACAGAGGCAUACUACAAUGUGGGGAUUUGGGGGUGGGCUGGGGUGGGCUUGGAUGGGCUGGUUUGUCAAAAAAAUAUUGGAGAGAAGGAAUGAUCUAGGACGUAGCCUGCAAGAGUUGCCAACAACCACCUUGCUCGAGUGAGUUCACACUCCUGCUGAACCGCAAGUUGGGGACACCUGCCCCUUCUGUCCCCGAUGCUUUUCCCCCUCCUAUGGGCUUGUAAAAAUAUCUCUAUUUUCCAUGUUUGGUUUGUUUUUUAAUCAUUACUAUUUUAGUUUGGUUUUUCCUUUUGGGUGAUUUCAAACUACUUGCCUAACAGCACUCUUUUUAUCUUCUGAACUUUUACUUUUAAAUAAUACAAGAAGAAAGUAGGUGAUUGCAGGAGCAAGGAUUUCAUAGAGAAACUACAAAUAAAGAAAACCUGUAAUCAUGGGAGUAUUUGGACAGUCCAACUGGAAGCGUCUGUGGUUGGGUUUCAUUUCAUAAGGUUUGCCUUUUAACACUAAUUGUACUGUUUUAUUCAUAUUCUUGUGAUGAGCAUAACAAAAACAGGUAGCCAAAAAGUCUAAAGUCUAAAAUAUAGAUAUUUUUUUCUGUUUAAUCCAAUGUAUAUUUGAAAGACAUUUUGCUAGACUAUAAUAGUGUUUUCUAUUUUUUUUUUUUUUCAAGGAUUGGGAGCACAUGACUGAAAUAACCUACAGUUAUAUUUACACAUACAUACAUUCAUACAUGCAUACGUGUGUGUGUGUGUAUGUGUGUGUGUAGUUGUAGUAGUAGUAUUAGUAGUAGUAACGGUAGUAGUUGUUUUUUAUUUUUUUGUUUGUUUGUUUGUUUUUGUUUCAUUUUGACACCCUAUUCAGAAAUAAAGGAUGGUACUGUAUGCUGAAUUAAUGGACUGUAUCUGUUUCACGUUCUUCUAAUUAAAGGCCUCUUGUAGUCAUUUCCUAGGAUUUAGUAGCAUUCUAUACAUACGAUAGAUGUUAUAGAUGGAACAUGCUUGAAACUCACUCAAAAUAAUAAUAAUAAUAAUAAUAAUAAUGCUAAUUAUUAUUAUUUAUAAUUUCAGAUUAACUAUGGUCUAGAAACAGAAAGUGUGGAUUAUUUUACAGGGAAAAGGAUAAACCUUUUCUGCAGUGAUGCUCCCUUUGACAUUAAUGGACACAAGUAUUCAGUGUAUUAUGAAAAUUCUACUUGGGAAUUUACUCUCCGUUGCAUCACUUCAUUACUGCUGGCUAAAAUGCCAGGAUAAACUGAAACACCAGGUUUCAUCAAAAUCAUCUGAAAUCUUAAAAAAGGAAUAUGUAAAUUCUCUGUCUAUUUUUUUACAAAGUUUUUGAUACAAUAAAUAUACUGUAGGUGUAAUUGCAAUUUGUAAAUGUAAUUUUAAAAUUUCAGAUUCGCAUUAUUAUUAUUAUUAUUAUUAUUGGUGGUGGUGAUUACUUUUAAGUCAUUUUCAUUUCCAUAUGAAUAGAAAUGCCCCAGUGUAUCAUCAUCAGCAUUCUCAAGAGAAAUUAGUCCUUGCAAUAAAGAGAGAUGGAUUCAUUUGAUGGGUAUCCAUUCUAUAGAUGAGAUCUUGGUGCUGAGCUGUAAACAGAACUUUUUUUCCCCCUGAGCUUUUAAAGUCCUUAAAUGAUCUUAUCUCCACAAAUGUUAUUUGUGCCAAGAUGGUAGACUUCUGGGAUUCGUGUCACCACUGAGUAGUGUAGGCCAAUAGAUUUACUGUUGUCAUUUUUUAAUUUUUAAUUAAAUGCUCCUCCAUAGGCAGAACUGGAUCACUUUCUCAGUCCUCAGAAAUGUCUGAUUCUGUUCCCGUGUCAUGCGAUAUUACAUUUGCAGUUCAUUUAGAAUUUCUCAUCAAGCUUUGUUGGGUUACUUUUUUUAUUUGAAUCAAGGAGCUGAAAAGACAAAGCAAAACAAAAGGGGUCACAAGGCACUCUUCAGUUUCGAUCCACUUUGAGUGUUUUGCUCUAAAACCCCUCUUCAGUUUUCCUUCCCCGGUGUUGAGUGUGUUUUGAGUUUCAGAGUGAAAUGGCAUCGACAGAGCUGCAACUUUAAAUGUGAUCGUGAAGUCUGCUAGCUUAAUGCAGUUCAUAUUUUUGUGGCCUUUUAUUAUUAUCUGUUUUAGAAUUUGCAUCUAUUUGUACCAUUGAUCAUAAAGCUCAUUUCACAAAAGCAAUGAAUUUAGAUGUAAGCAAGAAGUACACUCCACAAUCAUAGUCUCAAGCAAAUCACAUGUUGGGUGAGAAAACCAAAGAUGCAAAGUGUUCACAUAAGGAUAUGGCUCAGUUUUCCUGGAUGGAAGUUAGACGAACCUUAUAUGAUAUGUCUUUUAAAGUACUAACUCAAGUUAUUAUUCUUAUGACAUAAAUAUAUAUACAUUUGUUUUGUUUGGUUUUUAAAAGUGGGAAAUAGCACAACACACCAAAUGUGUUAAGACACUUCGCUUCUCCUUCAUGUGUGACUACUGUGGAACAGAUCAUAUAACAAAACUAAAGCAGUUCUUUUAAGAAUUAGGAAGUUAACUUUAAGAACUUAUGGAACAGAUACAGAUUGAUGUCCCUGUUUGGUUUCUCAUCUCCAAUCUCUUGGUUUUUGUACCUUUUUGUUGCCUUUUGAAAUAUUUUGGUUUGUCAAUGAUGUGUCAAAUCCAAUGGGCCUUCCGCAUGACACUAGUGCCCUUGCUCCAACCAGGAUUUCUAUAUAUUUUUUGUGUGUGUGUGUGUGCGUGCGCGUAUUUCUGAUGAAACAAAUUAAUCAUUACAACUGGAAAAUCUAGGAUGCCGAUACAUUUUCAGAAGGUUUUAAUGUAACUGGAAUCACACGUUUUAUUUUGUUUUCCUUCUGUGUUUUUCACCAUUGUGUUAACACAAGUAUCCCCUGUGCUGCUUACAGUCUCACAGAGCUGCUGCAGCAGACGGACAGACCUGUGCUGGGUUAAACAUCAGUCAGCACCCAGCUGAAAUGGGCUGGAGGCUUUCACAAUGCAGAGACUGUUAGCAAAGGUCAGAGGGGGGAGAGGAGGAACUGGACAGAUGAUUGAAGGGAGCCCCAUAUGAAUCUUUUGAAGCCUGACCGUAGUCUGUUUCACGUUGACUCAAGAGUGUUGACUAAAAUCAGUGAUUUAAAGAGAAUGCAUAGAAAGAAAUCUAUUAUUUUUGUCUGUUUUACAUUAUUUUAUUUCUGCCACUAGACACUGUAUGUUCAAAUCUUGUAUUAAAAAGUGUUUUCACCAA